AUGGAUAAAAUCAACGACGAUGAAAUAAUGAAUAAAAUAUCGAAUAUGACAAAUAACUUAAGCAAUGUUCCUUCAUCGGCUACAAGUAAUAUAAAACAACAAAAAAAGGUAAAAAAACAAAAGACAGGGAAGAAUAAGAAAAAUCCCAAUAAAACAAAUAAUCAUAAUGACAACAAACCUGUUAUUGCGUCUUAUGAAGAGCAUAAAAAAAAAGAUAUAUGCAAAUAUUUUUUUAAAAAAGGGAAAUGCCUACAUAAUGAGAAUUGCAAUUAUUCUCAUGAUGUUACACCAAUUUAUAAAAUUUCAAAAUUAUGUAAAUUUUUAAUAAAAGGGAAUUGCCAUAAAGAAAAUUGUAUGUUUUCUCAUGAUUAUAAUUUUUUUUUUUGUCGUAACAACUUGAUAAAUAAUUCAUGCACAAAUCCAUCAUGCAAGUUUAAGCAUGCCAAAAUCGACACAUCUAUAACAAAUGCAGACAAAUAUAAUAUUGAAGUUGAUAACCUUUUGAGUAGUGAUGACAAAAUAAGAUUUUUAUACAAUAAUAAAAAUUAUUUAACUGAGUUAUUAAUUAACAAAUAUUUAUCUCAUGAUAAAUUAAAAGAAAUACAUAUAGAAAAAAUAAAUAAAAAAGAUAUAUACCCAUGGUUUAUUAAUGGUAUCAUUGAUCUUAUUAAAGUCGACUUUAAACAUGGAAAUACAAAAUAUUUUUAUGAUUUAUUAAAUAAUUAUAAAAACAAGGAAAAUAAUUUAAAUAUAUUUUUAAGUGAAAAUAAUGCAAAUGAUUUAGUAAAUAACAUGGGUGAAAAUUCCGUAAGUCAAAAAGAAAACGAUAACAGUGAUAUUAAAAAAAAUAAAAAUACCAAUGAUGAUACGAAUGAUGUUCAUGCUGUUGAUAGUCAAACAAUGGAAAAUAAAAAAGAAGUGCAAAAUAAUGAACAAGGUGAUGAACAAAAUGAGGAAGACAAUGACAAUUUCAACGAUGAUAAAUUUUAUUUGAGUGAAGAAGAAGAUUAUACUCAAUACUUAAAUAAAUAUUUUGAUAUGGAUAAAUAA